AUGGUCCACGAUAUCUCCUAUGACGCGGCGACUAACCUUGUCAAAAAGGAACCAAGAGUUGCGCCCCAAUCAUCGAGCGACGAAGAGGAUAUUCAGUGUGAUCCGGCGACCCUGUUUCGUUCUCUGGAGAGCUUUAUGGAUGAGGAUUUACCCCUCCAGGGGGUACCGCUUACUGUCGGCGAGUUUAUUCAUGGGAGAAUGGAAGCGCGUGCGGAGCGUCGUGCUGCAACCGUGAGAAAUGUACCCUACCUCCACAAUACAAGAGCCCGGUUGGUUGACACUCCACCACCGAACCCUGAACCUGAAGGAUUUCGAUCUAUUUACGCAGCGCCCCCCGGCUUUGCACCUAGUGUUCCUAUUUCGAGACCUCUUGAAGCGCGUUCCCUGCCUCCUCCGAUUCAUGCAUACAGAGCUCGUUCUCCUCCAUCUUAUGCGAGAUAUCAACCUCCUGUUCCUGUCUCUGAUGGUGUUCGGUGUCGGUCUCCGUUUCGCGUCUCCGACGCUCUACGUACUCCUCCAGGUCCACCAUAUAGACGUUAUUCACCCCACCCACCGUCCAUCGAUGGGAUUCAGUGUCCCGUGUCUCCGGUAGAAGGACGUAUACGUCCGUACUCACCUCCACCGCGCCCCCCGUCGACUUCCUGUCAGGCAGGGGACCUUCACCACCCCCGCCAGUGCGACCCGCCG